AAGAAGUAUAGGUGGCUUCACCAAUCCAACACCACCUACUUCUUUCUUUCUUUCUUUCAGCAGUUGCCUCCUGGGGUUGAAGAAAGAAGGGCAACCAGAUUCCCCAUUUCCCCGUAAACCCUAAAAGCAAAAGAAACAACCAAACAACCAUGAGCUUCUUCACCUUGGCCUCAUCAUCCCCAACCUCCUCACUCAACACUCUCUCCAACUUCACCCCCAACACAAGACAAUCCCCAUCCCCACCGCCUUCUUCACUUGUUCGUUUUCCCACCCCAAUUCCCCACUCUCGCCUCACUGUCUCCGCUUCCUCAAACGCCUCCCCCCAAACACCCCGACACCUCAUUACUCAAACACUUGUGAAGUACACAAAAGCCGCACUUCUCAUCGGCGCCGCCGCAUCCAUGAUCGGGAAGCUCUCGCUGUUGCCGGCGAGAGCGGAAUCUCCCUCCGUAGUUGCCCAAGAAGCCCCAAUUCCUGAAGAAGCCCAGGCCCAACCCAAUGACCAGGCCUCGCCCUUGUCCGAAUUUCUCGAAUCCAAUUCAGAGGCCGUCGAGGCCUUGAAGUCGCUAUUGCAGCAAAAGCUCGAGAGUGGCGAGGACGAAGAGGCUCUCAAGAUCCUGGGACGCCUGGUUUCGGCGCAGCCUUCGGUGACCGAGUGGAAGUUCCUCAUGGCGAGGUUGUUUAACGAACUGGGCGACGCCGAGAACGCGCGCAAAGUGUUCGAAGAAAUUCUGGCGUUGAACCCGCUGUCGUUUGAGGCGUUGUUCGAGAACGCCUUGGUAAUGGAUCGGUGCGGGGAAGGCGAGGCGGUGAUUACGCGGUUGGAAGAGGCGUUGAAGAUUGCGGAGGAGGAGAACAAGGCGAAGGAGGCACGGGACGUGCGGUUCAUAAUGGCGCAGAUACAGUUUUUGCAGAAGAAUGUGGAGGAGGCUUUGAGGAAUUAUCAGGAGUUGGCGAAGGAGGACCCCAAUGAUUUUAGGCCGUAUUUUUGUCAGGGGAUGAUUUACAGCUUGCUGGAGAGGAAUGCAGAGGCCAGAGAGCAGUUUGCUAAGUACCGGGAGCUUUCUCCAAAGAAGUUUGAGGUGGAGGGUUACUUGAGGACCCCAUUGUCAAGGAUGAAGCUAUUUGGGUCGGAUGAGAAUUGAGUAUCUAGCUGGGAACAUGCCGGAAUAAUGAUGGGGAAAUGGGUUUUUCUCCGCAUGGUGAAGGCAAUGGCUUUUUUGGGUAAUCGGCUAAUCCUAUGCCUUUGUCAAGUUUUGAUAGUUAGUUUACUUUUUUUCAUUUGAUUUUUUUGCUAUUGAUGUGGAACCACUGUUGAAGCUUCACAGAGGAUAAUUAGAGAAACAAGGAAAUAAGAACCAAAUUUUGUGGAGAUAAAGAUAUAACGACCUUGUUGAAUAAUCUGCUUCAGCCGAAUGUGGUUCUUUUCUGCUUUCUCUGGUUCUUUA